AUGGAUUCUCUCGUGCGCGGUGAUUGUUGCUGCGGCAGGAUCGACUGUCCAUUCCUCUCUCAUUCGCGCCGCAACCUCGAGCGCGUCGAAGCCGACCUGCAGACGGCUGCACAACUGGGCCAGGCCCUGCUUAUCCGCCAUGAAGCAUACAUAGCCGAUAGCGAGGCCGAGCGUCGUCGCAUGGCAGCCAAAAUCGAGGAACUGGAGACCGACAAGAGCGACCUCGAGGAGCGCAACGCCCGCGUCGUCCAGGAGAAUCGCGAUCUGCUCGACCAGCUCGAGGCUCUGAACAAUGCCGUUGCCGACCGCGACGGUCACGUCAAGAGCCUGACGGCCGCGCUGCUCGAUACGAACAACGAGCUCGCCAGACUCACGGUACUGGCUAACAGGACAGAAAGCUUGGAACGCCAGGUGGCGCAGCUGGAACGGGAUCAAGACCAACUUCAAGAGACGGCCGCCUCCACUACUGAUGAGAAGCGAUCGGCGAUCCAACGAUGGAGAAAAGCAGAGCGCACGAUUGCCAACCUGCAGGACCAGAUUGAGCGCAUCGAGCGGGAGGCUCGGGAGGAGCGGGAACGGCAUGUGGAGAUUGUCGGACGUAUGGAGAGGAGAAGAGCAGUGGAGCGGGAGCUGGAAAGCGCUGCGGGUAGGCUGAAAGGCGCCGCAGCUGCAAAGACGGUUGGCGAUGGCAAAGGAAGCCAUGUCGUGUCGCAUUUUGUCAAAGACAUUUUGCAGGACAAUGCCAACUUGCAGCUGGGUAUCGUGGAGCUGAGAGAGAUGUUGCUCACUUCGAAUGACGAAGUCGAGAGGCUAAGGACACAACUCAUGGUUCAUCAACCACUCGAUGAGGCUCCGGAUCCUGGAAUCGCACGCACGCCUACCCUCAGCAACGAACUGCCGCUCGACAUGGACGAACAACAUGAGUCAUCUCAAGACAGUCCUCCUCAGGAGCGUCCUUCGUCUCAAGAUCGUCCUUCGUCCCAGGACCGUCACGACCGCGACUCGCGGGAUGUCCAGGUUCCUGGCCCGAAGGAGUUCCAUGUUCACCACCACUACCACGCGGCUCGGGAGUCGACACCUUCCAAGGAUGUCAUGCGGAGCCGGACGUUGCAACGCCGCUCGUCGCGGAAGAAGCGCAGCGCCAUCACUCCCAACCACUUUGCUCCUCCCCGCGCCCUACACACCCCGCGGUCUUCUGUGUCUAGUCUUAGGCCCGCUACGCCUUCCUCUGCCGCUACCAUUCUCUCUCAAACUUCCGUUACGAUUCCCAACCACAAGCCGCGCAGGUCUACUCACACGGUAGAGAGCGGCCCAUCUAUCGCUUCCUCUUCUGUACCUGAUACCCCAUACACACAUUCCCGCCGUACCUCUUCUCUCUUCAACCGUAGCAUCUUUAGCGAUGCAGGACAGGAUUCGUCUCGUCCUACAAGUCCCGAGAGCAAUGCUCCGGGUUCUCCUCUUUUCUCACCUAUGCAGAUGAAGACGUCAUUCAAGCAGCACCUCAAGGCCGCCCCAAGCGUAGAGGUCAAUCCUUGCUUCUGCAACCCUCACGACCGCAGACCAUCGCUCCGCAUACCCGAAGAAGACCUUGACGUACCCCACACUUCGGAUAUUAUUCCUGAAGAAUCCGAGCACGAUCACGAAAAUGACGGCUCUAUGAGCGCCGCAGCCACGCUUGCUGGCACGCCGAAUCCUAGCUCUAUGUUGGAGCAGGAGAAUUACACUGAAGACAUUUACGCUCAUCUACACAGUCAACGACCUGUUAUCCGUCGUCACAACUCACAUGACAGCUUACUGUCCGUUUCUGGCAUGGACAUUCACACUCUUCGCUCGCGGCCACAGCAGCUUCUGUUCGCCCCCAACGGUCCGAGCCCGAGCUACAGCCUCGCAGGCCCAAGUCUGAGCAACAUGACGGCCAUGGCAACGAGACCGACACUGAGCGGCGCGCGCUCAAGCUCAAGGGGAUUGCUGGAGGGUAUGGCCUCGGCCGCAGCAAUGGAGCGGCCCAGAGCCGACAAGAGCGAGCAGAAGACUGGCAGCAUUGGGCAGAAGGUUGGUGGCUGGUGGCGCGGCAAAUGGGGCUCCACCCCCACACCCACACCCUCCACAGCAGCUGAAGCUCCCGCAUCCACGGACGCCGACGUCCAGCCUGCCGCCGAGGACAACUCUGCCAACGACGCCCAGGAGCCUGUUCCCGAAGACGCGUCAGAGCAGGACAAAGUGGACAAGACCGACGCAGCCGGUCCGCAACGCUCUCGUUCCUUUAGGCUGCGCAUCCCAGGUGUGAACCAAAGCGGGCCAAUUUUCGGAAUGCGGCCGGAACCGAAGGCGCCAUUCAAGGUUGUGCUGCAGCGCGAGGAGGUGGACGUGGACGCGCUGAGCGAGAGCCUGGCCGAGGCAGCGAUGUUCAGCCCGGGCGCAGAUAGGGGGAGCGGCGCGAGUACCACCAGCAAUGGUGGCAUGAGCGGCGUCGGGCUCGGGAUUGCAGGCGGCGACGCAGGCGUUGGGCCGAGCGCUGCUGGCCCGGUCGGCUCCCCUGGCUCUCACCAGUCUAGAGGCUUGACGGCAUGA